AGUUCUCUGCUUACAUUCCAUUUUGUUUUUGUGCCGAAAUACAUGAUUAUCUUGUUUUAAUUUUAUUCCGAUUAAAGUUUUACAGAAAAAUGUUGGAUAAAGUGAAACACGUUAUAUUAGUACUGUCUGGUAAAGGAGGUGUGGGCAAAUCCACUGUUAGCACACAACUUGCGCUGGCAUUACGGGAAAGCGGUUUGAAGGUCGGUCUACUGGACAUAGAUUUAUGUGGCCCAAGUGUCCCUUACUUGUUGGGUUUAGAAGAAAGCGAUGUCUACCAAUGUGAUGAAGGUUGGGUGCCUAUUUACACCGGGGAAGAUAAAACGCUCGCUGUCAUGUCAAUAGGGUUUUUAUUAAAGAAUCGGAAUGAUCCUGUAAUUUGGCGUGGCCCUAAGAAAACUAUGAUGAUACGACAAUUUUUAACUGACGUCAAAUGGGAUGAGUUAGACUACUUGAUUAUCGAUACACCGCCAGGAACUUCAGAUGAACACAUAACAGUGAUGGAAUGUAUGCGUGAUGUGAAGUGCGAUGGUGCUAUUAUGGUUACCACUCCGCAGGGUGUUGCUUCAGAUGAUGUACGCAAAGAAUUAACCUUUUGUCGAAAAACCGGUGUUCACGUGCUAGGUAUUGUGGAAAAUAUGAGUGGAUUCGUUUGCCCGAAAUGCAGCAAUUGUACAAAUAUAUUCUCCUCUGAAGGAGGCGCUGAGUUGGCCAAACGAGCUGGUGUGCCGCACUUAGGAACUUUACCAAUUGAUCCACGAUUGAAUGUAUUAGUGGGAACCACCCGUUCGGUGCUUACGGAAUUACCGGAAUCAAAUACAGCGACCAUCUUUAAGUCAAUUGUCGAGCAGAUUACAAACCACAAUUCCAAGUCUGUUGAUACAAAUUGAAUGUAUAAAUUGAUUGAUUGAUGUUAUUUGAAUUGAAUACUAUGUUUAAUAGUAAACGUUAUUGUUUUUUUAGA